AAGUUCACUUUGACAAACACAAGUUUAGAUCACUUGCGUCGAUAUUUUUAAUUUUUCUGAAAACGACUGCGCAAACACGCGCCGGCGCAACGCGGUCGCUCCUGGGCCAAAGCAGAAGUAAGAAUAAAGAAUCCCUCCAAAAUGCUAACGAAAAAUCAAUACCUGUCCGCACACCAAGGCAUGGCCUCCGGCUUCCCGACGACCAUGCACCAGACCUUCCCAAAUGCUCACACUGCCUCACCUCUCCCUCUCCUCUUCCGUCCCUUCUCCGUUUCCUCCUGCCCCCGCUUCUUCCCCAUCCCCUUCUCUCCUCCUACGCUGUGCCUCCACCGUCCAUUCUCAGAUUGUCCCUCCAAUCUCCGCGUGCGGUCCGUCCGAUGCUUUGCUGCCAGUCCCGGCCCUCCGCCGCCAGAACGCGACUCCAGCUCUUCAGCAGGUGCUUUCUCAAAUUUCUGUAAAUCUCAAGACAAUCUGCGGAUCUUCUUUGCGGUUCUGUUCUGGCUUUCUCUGUUCUUCUGGGCUUCUGCAUGGGAUGGGAGGAAUAAUGGUAGACCGAAUAAGGGAUCACGAUUUAGAAGAUAACAGAAGCAGUAAAAGAAGCAAGGGUUGGCAAUGAAGAAUUGAUCUUGCCUGGCCGCCUCAUGUAUUCCAGCUCCAGGGUGGCCGCCGGGUAACGUUUACAUUGGAGAAAUUUUGUUUUGAAUGUGUCAGGAAUUUUGAAGGAUAGUUUGAGAAUUGGGAGGAUUGUUUGCUGAGUCCUAGCUCCAACCACAUGCUGACGUCUUGUUGCUCGUAGAGAAUCAAGCGUGUGAGGAAGAGAUUGAAAUUCAUGGAUCCUGUGGUAGAAUUAAAUUCUGUUGUAGCAGUUGCGGCAGCUUGGGGCAAUGCUGCAUUGCAUUGCCAAUGUAUUGCAACUGUUCUAGCUUCUUCUUUUUUAAAAAAAAAAUUGUUUUCGUUGUUUCAGUUUUUGCUUUUGUUUUAGUUCCAAUUGAAAGGAGGUAGUUGCAAAAAACUUUGCUGCCUAAUGUUGUGUGGUUUGUGCACAAAUGACAUCUUUUAAUUCAAACACAUUGUAUGUUUUUUAUUUUUAAAAAUUAAACUCAGAUUUAAUUAUCAAA